AAUUCAAUUCAUUGAUCUUUCUUUCUUCCUUUUUCUCUCUUUAUAACCAUUAAAACCCUCCCUCACUUCCUCCACUACAAAUUAAAGUUAGAGAAAAACACAACACCAAACUUAAAAACCAAAGCUAGCUUCCAUCAUUCAUGGCCAAUGAAUCUCACCACCUUCUCUUCUUCUCAAAUAAUGAGUUUAUGAGUGUCAUAGAGAACUACAACAGCAUGCAAACAAGCUUUAUGGCGCCGCCGGUGAACUCUCUCGGCGGCGGUGACGGCGAGUCGGCGGUGAGAAAACGACAAAGAGAUGAUGAUAGUGAUGUUUUGUCGUUUCUUGCCGGAGAUGAUGACGUGGCUCUCCGGCUACAUCAACAGUGGCUUGAUAUUGAUUACCUCCUCGUUAAUUAUGAGGAGAAGAUGAGGAAAGAGAUGGAGGAGAAGAGGAAGACGGCGAUGAGGGAAGUGAUGGAAGGCAUGGAGGAGAUGGUGAUGAGGAGGAUGAGAGCAAAGGAGCAAGAGAUGGAGAUGAUAAACAAGUUCAACUGGGCGUUAGAAGAGAAGAUCAGGAGCGUCGCCAUGGAAAACCAGGUGUGGAGAGAUGUGGCUCAGAGCAACGAAACAGCCGCCAUUAUUCUUCAGAGAAACCUCGAGCUGGUGCUGGCGAAGGAGGAGGAUGUGGAGUCUUGUUGGUUGGGAGGGAGUGGAGAGGAAGAAGGGAAAUGGAGGCGGAGGUGCAGGAGAUGUGGUGUGGGUGAGGUUGGAGUGGUUGUGUUGCCGUGCCGGCACUUGUGCGUUUGCUUGGCGUGCGCGGCCGGCGUUGUUGGUUGCCCGGUUUGUAGAGCUGAGAUUGACGACAAGAUGUUUGUUAAUAUGUCUCUAUGAAUUCUUCUUCUUGUAAUGCUUCUUUUGAUCUUUGAAUUUUGGGAUAUAACAAAAUGUUAGCAAUUUUAUUGACUAAAAAAAUUAUUUUAUUUUACUAAA